AACGGAGCGUUAACUUCGCCUCGUGCCGUCAGUCAGAGCAGUCUGUGGAGAUAACGGAGCGGACAGGGCAGCUAACGGGUUCGGGCUCGGACCGGUUGUGCCUCCGCCGCGGCCAUCACGUCACCCCGCUCCGGCUCCUCGGGAGACGGCGAGGCUCGGGGGGGUGGAGUUACGGAUGGGGAGGGGGUAGAGAGACCUCCAGGAGGAGGAGAGAGACUCGGAGCAGGGGGAGGUGAAGCAGCGCGAGCUACGGCUAACUAGCCAUGUUACUGUCCCCGCUGCUGCUGCUGUGUGACUGCUAGCGGGCCGCCCUGGACUCCCUAACCGCCCUCAGGUGCAUCAUGCCCGGCUGGAAGAAGAACAUUCCGGCCUGUCUCCAGCCGGACCAGGAAGGAGGUGCAGGAUGUGCUCCGGUGUUGUCAGCAGAUGAGGGGCCGUACACAAAACACUCUGCAGGGUCACGACCUCCAGACAGAGCGCUGGCCAUCAGGAGGCAGAGUAUACCAGAUGAGUUUCGGGGCUGCACCGUGGUGGAGCUGAUGAAGAAGGAGGGGACGACGCUCGGACUCACGGUCUCGGGCGGAAUCGACAAAGAUGGAAAACCUCGGGUUUCAAACCUGCGGCAGGGCGGCAUUGCUGCCAGGAGCGACCAGCUGAACGUGGGCGACUACAUCCGCGCCGUUAACGGCAUCAACCUGGCCAAGUUCAGACACGACGAGAUCAUCAGCCUGCUGAAGAACGUCGGGGAGCGGGUCGUGCUGGAAGUGGAGUACGAGCUGCCGCCCGUCUCUGUUCAGGGGUCGGGGGUGGUCUUCAAGAAUGUGGAGGUAACGCUUCACAAAGAAGGAAACAGCUUCGGCUUCGUCAUCAGAGGUGGAGCCCACGAGGACAGGAACAAGACCCGACCUAUUGUCAUAACCACCAUCAGGCCAGGCGGGCCGGCCGACAGAGAAGGAACGGUGAAGCCGGGGGACCGGCUGCUGAGCAUCGACGGGAUCCGGCUCCACGGCAGCACGCUAWCGGAGGCCAUGAGCAUCCUGAAGCAGUGCGGACAGGAAGCCACGCUGCUCAUCGAGUACGACGUAUCAGUCAUGGACUCUGUUGCAACGGCGUCGGGGCCGCUGCUGGUGGAGGUCGCCAAGCCGACGGGCUCCAGUCUGGGCGUGGCUCUGUCCACCUCCAUGUUCUGCAGCAAGCAGGUCAUCAUCAUCGACAAGAUCAAACCCGCCAGCAUCGCCGACCGGUGUGGUGCUCUUCAUGCAGGAGAUCACAUCCUGUCUGUUGAUGGGAAGUCCAUGGAGUUCUGUUCUCUGGCUGAAGCCACACAGCUGCUCUCAGCUUCCUGUCAGACCGUCCGCAUGGAGAUUCUACCACAACACCAGGCCCGACCGGCCCUGAACGCACCGCAGCAUGUUAAGGUGCAGCGUAGUCCCCGCCCCCUCCCCUGGGAAACCGGAGGCUCCACCCCCAUCCUCCCUCCCUACCACUACAACACCUACCACCCCGACCAAUCAGGUGCCAGAUCGCACAACCGCCAUACAAACAACCCUCCCCUCAGCCACUCGUUCUCUCCUGGUUCCAUGUCGGCCUAUAGUCUCUCGUCUCUCAACAUGAGCACCAUGCCCAGAAACAUGUAUCCCACGAGUCCCCACAGCACCAUGAUGAGGAGGAAGAACAAGAAGAAGGACUUCAAGAGCUCCUUGUCUCUGGCGUCCAGCACCGUGGGGCUCGCCGGUCAGGUGGUCCACACGGAAACCACGGAGGUGACGCUGCUGGGCGACGGCAUCAUGGGGUUCGGCCUGCAGCUGCAGGGCGGAGUCUUCGCCACGGAGACGCUGUCAUCGCCGCCGCUCAUCGCCUACAUCGACCCCGACAGCCCCGCUGAGAGGUGUGGUAUCCUGCAGAUCGGCGACAGGAUCCUGUCGAUCAAUGGCGUCCCGACCGAAGACUCCACUCUGGAGGAAACCAACCAGCUGCUCAGAGACUCGUCCAUCACCGCCCAGCUCACGCUGGAGAUCGAGUUCGACGUGGCGGAGUCAGUCAUCCCCAGUUCAGGGACGUUCCACGUGAAGCUCCCAAAGAAGCCAGGCGUGGAGCUGGGAAUCACCAUCAGCUCUCCGUCCAACAGGAAACCAGGUGAUCCUCUGAUCAUCUCAGACAUCAAGAAAGGCAGCGUGGCCCACAG